UGCAGGUUAUCUAUGCACUGAACACAAAAAACGAUGAACACGAGGCGGCCAUCGCCACGCUGAAGGAGGCGCAUGAAGAGGAGGUGCAGCAGAUUCUGUCUGAGACCAGAGAAAAGAUCCUGCAGUACAAGAAUAAAAUCAGCGAUGAGAUGGACCUGAAGAAGAGGAUCCAGUCUCUGGAGGAGUCCAUGGAGCUGCAUGAGAGGAUGAAGAGGCAGGCGCUGGCCGAGUUCGAGAGCUACCGUCAGCGGGUGGAGGACAUGCAGCUCUGCACCGAGGCCCAGCACACGCAGCGCGUGGUGUCCAUGUCGAGGGAGGUGGAGGAGAUGAGACGGUCCUUUGAGGAGAAGCUGCGGACGUUCAGCCAGGCCCAGGCUCAGUUUGAGCAGGAGAAGAAAGCGGCUCUGGAGGAGCUCAAGGCUCAGCACAGGCAGGAGAUCCAGGAGCUCCUCCGCAGCCACCAGAGCCAGAAUGCAAACUACAGCAAAGACCAGGAGAAACUGGGGCAGCUCCACAAAGCCGAGGUGGACUCUCUGGCGGAGCGGGUGGAGGAGCUCAAACAGGACAAGAAGAGGCUGGUGGACGAAUAUGAAGCCAAACUCAGCAAGGCUCAAGCGUUUUACGAACGUGAGCUGGAGGCCAUGAAGCGAACCCAGCAGCUGACGGCCGACAACCUGCUGGCGUGGAAGCGGACCGAGGCCGAGCUGCGGCGGGAGUUCCAGACUCAGGAGGCGGCGCUCCAGAAAACGCUGGGGAAGCUCCGGGCCGAGCUGGCCCGCGUGUCGGACGAGGCUCGGGAAAACCGCGAGAAGUCGCACAAGCUGCAGGCGGCGCUCAGCACGGCAGAGAGCUCCAUCAAGGACUUAACCAAGCAGCUGGAUGAAGUGACCCAGAACUCUGAGAUUAUAGAGAUCCGUCAGAAAGAGGCAGAGUGUGAGCUGGAGGCAGCCAGAGACCGAGUUCAGCAGCAGGCCACGGAAAUACUCCUCAAAGCCAGUCAGAUAAGCAGCCUGCAGGCCACCCAGAUGACCCAGGAAGCCGCCAUCAGGGACCUGGACAACGAGCGCAGCCGCCUAAAGGACAAGGUGCUGCGGAUGGAGGAAGAGAGGGAGGCCCUGCAGAGCCAAAGCAAAGCGCUGGAAGAAAGACACAAACAGCAGAUCCAGUCCCUGGAGAAGACCCUUCAUGAGGAGAAAACGUCCCACGAGAAGGACAUGAGGAGCGUGCGAGCUCAUUACGAGGAAGAGGCCAGCCAGAUGAAGGACGGCCAGGCCCGAGCUUUGGAGGAAGUGGCCAAGAAGCACCGAGUGACCCUGGAGAACACGCUAACCACCGCGGAGAAGGACAAGGACCGCCUGCUGGCUGAGCUGGAGCAGCAGUUUGAGAAGGAGCGCCUCUCUCUGGAGGAGCAGAAGACGCUCCUCAGUCAGCAGCUGGACGAGAUGAGGGAGGAGCUGACGUCCAAACUCAGAGCAGCCGACGAGGAGGUGAUCCGGCUGCAGCAGGAGGUGCGGAAAGGGGAGGAGGACUUCGGGGCAGCGGAGGGCCAGAUCUCCACCCUGAAGGAGGCGCAGGACAAACUGCUGGAGGAGCUGGACGCCACGCGGGCCCGACUCAGAGAGACCAGCAACCUGCUGACCGCGCUGCAGGGAGAGUUGGAAACCCAAAAACGCCAACAUGAAGCCAAACUCAUAACCACCAAAGAAGAAGAAAAGCAUAAAAUGGACAAGAUGGCGCUGGAGCUGGAGCUGAAAUGGACCGAGACGCUCCGGCAGGAAUGCAAGAAGCUUCGCGAGGAGCUGAGAGAGGAGCAUGAGGAGGAGAAAACUGCGGCUCUGGCUCAGCUGGCGCAGAGCAAGGAGCAGGAGCAGAACAGCGCCAGGGAGAGCUGGCAGAGGAAAGUGGACGACCUGCUGGAACAGAUAUCUCUGCUGAAGCAGAGUCUGGAGAUGCAGCUGUCGCAGUCGCAGUCCUCGCUGCAGCAGCUGCAGCACCAGUUCAGCCAGGAGAGGGAGCACCUGCGCAUGCAGCUGGACGAGCUGCAGACGGAGCACCAGAGGCGGCAGCAGCGUCUGCAGGAAGCCCACCGCUGCGCCAUGCAGGACAUGGAGCACGCCAGGCAGCGCGACCUGAAGGACCUGGAGGAGCGUCUGCGCCAUCAUCACCACGCAGAGCUGCAGUCGCUCAGGGAGGCCCACCGGCAGAGCAUCGAGACGCUCAAACAGCAGUCAGAGCAGGAGCUGCAGACUCUCCGCUUCGAGUUGGAGGACGAGGGCAAAGCCAUGCUGGCCUCUCUGCGAUCGGAGCUGAACCACAUCCACGCCUCGGCCAUCGAACACCUGCGGCAUUCCCACCACCAGGAGUCUGCAGCUGCCAAGGCCGAGCUGGAGAAAGUCCUGGAGGACAACCAGACCCAGGAGCGGGACCUGCUGAGCCGGAUCUCUGAGCUGCAAGAGGAAGUUUCCCGGAGGAAGAGCCACAUCGCUCAGCUGGACCACCAGAUCCACACGCUCAACGAGAACAUCAGCACCCUGACCAAGGAGCUGGAGCUGAAGGGCAAAGAGGUGCUGAAGAUCCGCAGCGAAGCCAACCAGCAGAUCCGGGCUCAUGAACAGGAGCUGACGAAGAGGCACGAGCGGGAGCUGACGGAGCUGAGCGCCGCCCACAGCAGGGACACCCAGAACAUGCUGUCGGACUUCAACAAAGCACAGGAGCUCCUCAAGGACAAGAUCUCGGCUCUUCAGAUUCUUUUGGAGGGAACAGAGGAGAAGUUCAGGAACAGAGAGAGUCGACCUGAAGACCUGCAGGUCAUCGCCGAGCUGAAGGAGAUGGUCACCGAGAGAGAAUCUCUCGUCAAGAAGCUGGUGGACGAUAAGAAGUUUUACCAGCUGGAACUUGUCAACAGGGAGACCAACUUCAACAAAGUAUUCAACGCCAGUCCAAACGUAGGAGUCAUCAACCCUCUCAUUAAGCAAAAGAAAAAGAAUGAGAAAGCAGCAGCCAGCAGGUUGUCCAGCUCUCCUAAUCUCAGGGCUCUGGAGGCGGCAGGUAUGGGUUUGGGUGUGGUCGGCACGGGGACCGGGCAGACCCCGCAGACCUCGCCCCUUCCCCCGCCCAGCCGCCUAGAGCCCAUCCCCAACUCCCCCCUCCACCACCUGGAGCUCAACUCCAACAAACCUCUUGCCCCGCCGACCCCUCCCACCGAACCCAAGAAGUUCACGAGGAGGUCCAGCAAACAUACAGAUAAAGAAACCUGGAGAUUACUUUCUGCCUCCUAACAAGGCCUGAAAUUCACCGUUGACUGUUUCUGCUGCAGCACAGCUCCUUAAAUAAACUACUAAUAUUUAAGGAGCAAAAAUACCAGCUGGACACAAACACAAGAGUCCCACACGCGACUGAAGCUUCAAAGAAUGGCGUUGGAAUGCAAAAGGGGCAUGAUGUUUUUCCCUUUAAGUUUUCUUUCCUCAGUCGUGUGCGUCAGUGUGUAAAUGUUGUCCGCAUGCCUGCAGGUUUGUCUUCUGUUUCAGGAAGUUAUAACACUUGUCAGCAAUCUUUGUGGUUCCUUUAUGUUGUUGCAUUUUGUCAUUUUGUGAUUUUUCAUCCUCAUCCAAAGUUCAGCAUGAUGCUCUUUCCUUCCCGGCUCCGAAACAUGAUGAUUGUUGUCAUAAAAAGUUCUGAACUGUUGUUUCUGUGACCUCUGACCUACAAACAGCUCUACUCUGCGGUCCAACAAGCGACUUUCUUUGUUUUGUGGCAUCUAGGUGGUAAAUUACGUGACACGUGAACACAUGCGGUGGAUCUUUUUGCAUGGCAGCUGGUGUUUUCUGAUGGGAGUGUUUAGGUGUGUAGCAUGUGUGCUGCAUGCUUUCCUGCAGUCCGUUUCAGGAACAAAACAAGAUGGCUGCUUUGCAAAAGCUUGGGACAAACAUUUUCUCUACACAAACAUUCACACACACCGAAAUGAUUGCAACUAUAAAACAAAAACAAAUUAAAUGUACUGUCCCAGCACCACAGCAACACGUUAACACACUACAAACUUACAGUCUGAGGUUUCCGGUAAUGUAGAUUUUAGUUCAUGUUUACAUUUUCAUCAGUUUGAAAACUGGCACUAACGAAGCUUUUAAACCGUUGAAAAGCCUGUUUUUCAUAUUUUAGUCAAAAUAUAAUAAAUUCAGCAUAAAUGGCCACAUUUUAGUUACUGACCUUUAACUUUUAAAUUGUCAUUGUACUAAAACCAAAUGACUCUAUGCUAAUUCGCAUUAUUGUAUGUCUUAUCUGUAAUUAUGUUACAUGAAUAUAUUUUUUAUUUAAGGAAACCAGGUGAAGGCAAUGAAAAAAAUCCAUACAUUCACUUUUUGCAUGUUUUUAUUCUGCCCAGGCGCUAAAACGUAGAUUGUUUAUUGGUGUCUGGAAAACGAGUUUCAAAAAUCUGCCGAUUGGUACGUCGCAUUCCAAAGGGGCUUCAUCGUUACCUAGCAACCCCAGCCCGUUACCUAGCAACCCAAACAGAGUUUCAGCAUUUUUGCUCAGCUGGUUUUACUGCUGUAAGUGUUUUGUUGUUGACUUACCAUCCAGAAACUGCUUGCUGCAAUCUUGUUGGUUGUGCAGGAGGCUCCAUUUCUGCUUUUCAAACAUGUACGGUUGUAUAAUAGCGCAUCUAUUUGCAAUGUUGAGUUGGGAGGAGUGGCCAGCAGCAACUUAUUUGGAUUUAAAGUGACAGGUUGCCCUAAAACAGCUCAUUCUGAAAGGAAAUCAAAGCUAAAAUCUCAUUAUCUAAUAAGGAUUUUGUGCAGAAAAAUAUGAUUAACAUCUUUUGUUUAGAGCAUAAACCUAUUCAAACAUGUUCAAGGAAGCACAAUAAGUCACCUUUAAGUCUUAGUUAUCUGUUUUGAAAUCGAUGUAAAGCGUCCAAUCAAACGUUGCUUCAGGUUUACAGCAUCAGUCGAUGUGAUUGGCUGUAAAAUUGCAGAGAAGUGACUCCAAAUCCUCAUUCAGCCCCAUCUUACCUGCGUUAGUUUCUGAUCUCAGGUGGGACGAAGCUUAUUUCAGGGAUUAAUCGCAUCAGUUAUUUUCACGUUGUUUGAAUUUCCGAAGAGAAUGAAAGAGCUGAUGUUGUUGAUUUAAAAUCUUAGCCCAGGUAAUUUGAAUUUCUGCAGGAUUUCUGGAAAUCUUCCAUCCUCUCGGCCAUUAAUGCAAAGAAAAAUCACUUAAUCAUGUUUUGUCAUCCUCCCUCUUCUCUUCUAGCUUCCUGCGAUGUUCAUUUAUCAUCCUCUAAUCUCUUUUUCAUGCCUUUUCCACGUUACUCCCUCCCUUUUUCUGCCUCUUCUUACAUUUCCUCUCUUUUCCUCUUUUUCUGCACAACUUGUCGUCUAAACUUCAUUGUCUUGUGAAAAGAAAUCUGCUAAACUAAUUUAAUCUAUUUAUUAUCUGGCGGUUUAACCGACGCUCUAGAGCUUUGGAUUGAUUCAUUAUGCUGAAGUCAGUAGGGAAGGGAUUUGCUUCCUUGAACAUGAAAAAUAGCAAAAAACUUUUAUGUCACUGAGGGAUUCUGGGACUGUUUGUUUUCGAAGUAGCCAAUUAAGGAAGCAGGAACGCCUAAAGUAGGUGUUUGUUUUUAGCACUUAACCUAAUUAGAUGAAACUUUGGGGAACAUGUCUUCACCCCAGAGACACGUGGAAGAUUAAAACCGCAGCUUCCUGUCGUCACACGGAUAAAAAUACCGUAAGGCAUCAACAUUUGUCUCAGAGUAAAACAGGAAGAAAGAAUAUUCACAUAUUUCUAAUGAAUCAGUUACAGAUUUCUUCUUUUAUUGCUUUUUGUCAUAUUUAAAUGAUUAAAAUUUUGAUUUCAAACCUAACAUUAUUUGAAGAGUUCAUGCCUGACUCGUCGUCGUGAAACUAGCAAAGCAUUUCAGAAAAAAGAGCAUUUUUAAUGCAGUCAAACACGGUGGUGGCAGUGUGAUGGUCUGGGUCUCAGCCUUGAAGAGGCUGAUUUAAAACAGUGCUGAAAAGAAGAGGGACAAAAUUUCUCAACACUCAAGUUAUCACAAACAGUUGAUGGAGGCACAGUUAUUAAAUUUAGCAGCUUUUACUUUUUCGCAGCUCUUUGGUUUGACAAACUUAUUUUUUCCUUAUUAAUUAAUGAAAUUAUCAUAAGAAACUUUGUUUUGUUUUACUCAGCCUCUGAUAUCUGGUGCCAUUUGCAGCCCAUGUAUCAUAUAGCUGUGUUAUGCUGCCCUCUGGUGGAGUCAGCUGUGCACUGCAUGGUCACCCUCUUCAGGGCUGAAACGAUUAAUCAUAAUUAAUCGAUUAUUGAAGUAAUCAUCAACUAAUUUUGUUAUCAAUCAUUAACUGGAGUAUAAAGACUCUAGAAAAAGAUAAUUUCCUGAAAUAACAUUCAGAGCAGAAAUUAACUCAAAACUUUACAGAACAAUAAAUACAUUUAGGAUAUAAAAAACCAUUUUAAAUAUGUUCUACCCAACUUCACCUGGUUGAAACUUUGUAAAAAUAAAAAAAUAUUCAAAAUAAUCAAUAGAUCAGCCCUACAAAUUUUCACAUUUUGAUGUUAGAAGCGUUUUUGGCAGUUAAUUCAUUAUUUGCUACAAAUGAUUAAGAGUUUCUAAAGUCACGCUUUGUUGUUGCAUUUUAGGCAAUAAAAUGUUUUUUUAUUUAAAAAUUUAUUUAUUUAUUUGCAUUUUCUUGUGUAUAUCUAAUUUUGCAGAAAUUGUCUAAUGUAAAAUCUGCAGAAAGCAUUGAUUAAUCGUCAGAAUAAUCGAUUAAUGAAAUAAUCGUGAGCUGGUUAAUGUGUUGCUGUUUGGUGCUGAAAAACGUCACUUUAGUCUGAGAAAUCCUAAAUCUAACAGCUUCAUUCAGGAAACACAGAUUAUUAAAUCCAAAGUUUUAUUCAGAUCCAAUUAGACACAAAAAGCGUUUUUACUGAAAGAUGUGAAAGCGGUUGUUCUCCUAAGCAGCCAGACUUUCUAAAGUUAGUUUUUUUAAAUCUGAAUCUAAUUAAACUCUGGACUGAUCCGUGACGCUCCGCCCCGGUUUGUGAUUUAACUCUGACUUCCU